AUAAUUUUCAGUUAUUUGCCGUUGAUAAUUCGAAAAGUUCACAACGAAAUCGCGCAACCCUUGCUGGAUUUAUUGGGUAUAUUUUCGUCAAUUUAGUCGUAGCGCGACAAGUACAACGAAACGUCUCCAGCGGAUAAAAAGUGAACGAAUGUGUUGAACCGGAAACGGAAAGCAACAGAGCAUAUACCAAAUAAAUAGAAAGAAUAAAAACAUAUUAAAGAAAAAAUAAAUAUAAAUAAUUUAAAUGAAAAACAGAACUUGUGAACGAAAUGUAAGAACGUAAGAAGUGUGCCAAAGAUUAAUUGUGUUGGAAUUUAAGAAAAUAUGUAUUUUAAAUAAUGAAAUACACAAAUAUACAAAAACGUUUAUAAAACAAAUAUCCUUGCUUCUUACCAUUUAUGUUUUCCUUUGCAUUUUUACAAGCAAUACGAAAGUUUUAUGUGCCACAAGAUAAUCUUUUCUUUGUGUUUUUAAAAAAUUUCCAUAAUUUGCGGCUAACUUUUUUUCUCGAGAAAGGAAAAUGUCUGAACACAACACACCAAAUGGCAAUGUCGAUGGUCAGGGUGGCCUGAUCAUACCCACCAUUUCGGAGAACAUCUCCAAUACAAAUACAACAGCGCCGGCACAACAGUACAAUGGAUAUCCGUUAAACGCAAACAGCUGUGUGGCCAAUGCGCCAGGCGACACUGGCAAUGCCGUGGGUCGCAAAAACUCCCGCCUCUCGAUACGUGGCUUCGGGCACUUUCUGCGCAAAAAUUCGCGUCAGGAAGAUGAGCGUAAAUUCAGCUUGGCACAGUUAACUACGGAAGCAUUGCCAAGAUUAGAUAAUUACAGAACAUCAAAGCGUAAUAUGAAGCGGCCAUCGAUUGGCGAGCUGCACGGCGAACUACAAGAGCAAAGCAUUCAGAUGCCAGAUCCGCCGCCCGAAAGCAGUACUCACAUGAUCAAGCUCGGCUUGAUCAAUGGCGUCGUCAUACCAUGUUUACUUAACAUUUGGGGCGUUAUGCUGUUCCUGCGUCUCAGCUGGGUAGUCGCCGAGUCUGGCAUAUUGCAAACACUGAUUAUCAUCGGCAUUUCGGCAGUGGUUUGCGUGAUCACUACACUUUCACUAUCCGCGAUCAGUACGAAUGGUGAGGUUAAGGGAGGCGGUGUAUACUUCAUAAUUUCACGCUCGCUGGGUCCAGAGUUUGGCGCUUCCGUUGGCGUUGUCUUCGCAUUCGCUAAUGCUGUUGCUGCAUCCAUGAAUACGAUCGGCUUUUGUGAUUCACUGAAUGAUUUACUAAAGAGUCAUGGUUUGCAAAUAGUCGAUGGUGGUAUUAAUGAUGUACGCAUCGUUGGUAUAUGCGUAAUCGUGGUUUUGAUUCUUAUUUGUUGUAUCGGCAUGGAAUGGGAGUCGAAGGCACAAAACUUUCUCAUCGUCACCAUAAUUUUGGCUAUUUUUAAUUUCCUCAUUGGUGCUGCCAUCGGACCGCGAGGCGAUCAGGAGUCUAUUGCGAAGGGUUUUGUGGGCUUUUCAUGGAGUAAUUUCAAAGAGAAUUUCGGCAGUGACUAUCGUUUCUCGGAAGGAGUUAAUCAGAACUUCUUCAGCGUGUUUGCAAUUUACUUUCCCAGUGUCACUGGCAUUCAAGCUGGUGCAAAUAUUUGUGGAGACUUGAAGGAUCCAGCCGCAUCCAUACCCAAAGGCACAUUUUGGGCGCUUAUGAUUUCCAUGGCUUCGUACGCUGUGUUUGUUUUCUUCGCUGGUGGUGCAGCGGCACGCGAUGCUUCCGGUAACGUAGCAGAUUUGAUUAACGGCACAUUGGUUAGCGCUGAGCUGCCGUGCAAACUAGCGCAGAACUGCCAAUAUGGUUUGCACAAUUCGUACUCCGUUAUGCAGCUGAUGUCUAUCUGGGGUCCCCUCAUCUAUGCCGGUUGUUUCGCUGCGACUUUGAGCACAGCUUUGACUAACAUACUCUCAGUGCCUCGCCUAGUACAGGCUUUGGGCAUAGAUCGUAUCUAUCCCGGUUUGAUAUUCUUCUCCAAGCCGUAUGGCAAACAUGGCGAACCCUAUCGCGGCUAUGUGCUUACCUUCUUCAUAUCGGCUGGUUUCCUGCUAAUUGGCGAGCUGAAUGUUAUUGCACCACUCAUUUCCAACUUCUAUUUAGCAUCCUACGCCUUAAUAAACUUCUGUACAUUCCAUGCGUCGUUUGUGAAGCCCCUAGGCUGGCGACCAACCUUUAAGUAUUACAACACCUGGUUAAGUCUAUUCGGUUUUGUACUCUGCAUCGCUAUUAUGUUCCUGAUAGAUUGGAAAUCUUCGCUAAUCACAUUGGUUAUUAUAUUUGCGCUCUAUCUGAUCGUUAUGUAUCGAAAGCCAGAGGCUAACUGGGGCUCCUCAACGCAGGAGCAGCAGUAUAAGGCUACUUUGACAGCCGUUCAUCGUUUGCAAAAUGUUUCCGAUCACGUCAAAAACUAUCAUCCACAAAUAUUGGUACUCAGCGGAGACCCCAGCAGCCGUCCGCCCCUCAUCGAUUUCGGCAAUAUGCUAACCAGACACAAUUCCUUAAUGUUUAUCGGCAAUGUUGUCCCGAUGAGCAUGGGUUACAAAAAUCGCUUGAGCAUUAUUAAGGAUGGUCAAAAAUAUUUGGACGCUCGAAAAAUUAAGGCAUUCUACAAUGUCAUCGAUGGUUUAUCUAUGGAAGAGGGCGUAAAUGCGUUAAUAAAAUCCACUGGCUUUGGCAAACUAACACCGAACAUUGUGCUGAUGGGCUACAAAACCGAUUGGGUACAGUGUCGUCGGCAAUGUGUCGAGAGCUAUUUUAAUAUUUUGUACAAUGCCUUCUCUCAGCGCAUGGGCGUGGUCAUACUAAGACUACCGAAUGGACUAGAAUUCUCCGAAUUGAAUCCCGAAAUACCGAGUAACGGUCGCCAUGUGCAUAAUGCCAAUGAAUUGGGUUACACAAAUGCGCUGGUGCCAAGUGCAAACGCCGCGUCGGAGCUACUCCAUGUGGACUCAAACUUGAACUUGGCUGGCAUUGACAACACCAAUUCAUCGUUCGCUAUGUCGCAUGUGCCGUCUAUGCCCAGCAUGCCAAACAUGUCUAGCUCCCGCAAGUAUACCUUUAGUCAAGGUGAUGGCAUAAAGUAUCUAACGAAGGGUGGCUCCGAAGUGGCAAAGGAUGUGCUCGAUGCUGUUACGGUAUUCCUACGUAAACAGCCCAAGGGCACUAUAGACGUAUUUUGGCUUUACGAUGAUGGCGGUCUCACUAUGCUACUGCCUUACAUACUCUCGUUACGAUCGAAUUAUCAAAAUUGCAAACUGCGUGUAUUUGCCUUGAGCCAUGGAAAGGAUGAAGAAAUGGAGGAAAAGAACAUGGCGAAUUUGUUGAAAAAAUUCCGCAUCAAAUAUUCCGAAUUAAUUAUGCUUAAGGGACUGUCUACAAAGCCUCGCGCGGAAACGCUAGUGAAGCAUAGGGAACUCAUACAAAGUUUCUGUCACAAUUCCGUCAAUGAAAUGCGCCACCUUGAGGAAGAGCUGCAUUCAUUGGAGGAGAAGACUAACCGUCAAUUGCGGAUACAUGAAUUGGUGGUGGAGCACUCAGCUAAAUCGACACUUAUCGUGAUGUCCCUACCAAUGCCACGGCGGGAAGCAAUAUCUGCUGCGCUAUACAUGUCUUGGUUGGAGAUGCUCACCACAGAUAUCAGUUGCCCAGUGGUGCUGGCACGUGGUAACCAAACGCCAGUAUUGACAUUUUAUUCGUAGUCUUUCUUUUUUUUUUAAUGCAAACAUCCAUGGCGCAUUUUAUAAGCAACUAAAACAACAACAACCAAUGCACUUAUUACGACAUACAUUCUUAAAUACACACAUAUUUAUAUUCAAGAGUAUAGUAAAGUUUUGCUUGUAGUAUUAUUAGUUUGUAAUUUGUUAAGCUCAGCCAAUUGAUAAAUAAAUAAAUCAAAAAUAAAGAUUAAAAUAUAAAA